CUCUCCUCGGAGCCGCUCACUGCAUGGUCGAGCUCGGUGCCCCCCGCCGCCGCCAGCAACGCCGCCGCCGCCUCGCCAUCGCCGCCGCCCCCGGCCCUGCCGCCGCCGCCGCCGCCGCCUGUGUCGCCGCCGCCUCGGGACCGGCUGUAUGAUUAGGCCACACUUUUCAAUGAGUAAACAUAUUCCUCAGUUCUGUGGUGUUCUUGGUCACACAUUUAUGGAGUUUCUGAAGGGCAGUGGAGAUUACUGCCAGGCACAGCACGACCUCUAUGCAGACAAGUGAACUGUAGAUUUCCUUUCUACUCCACCAAGAAGCCCUGUAAGAGUGGUUAACCUGGACACUGAAGUGUUGAAUUGAAAUCCACAGAGCAUUUUUACAAGAGUACUGACCUGGAUGGGGUAAACCUCAGUGCACUUCCUUUCUAUUGCCUCAGUAUUACUGGAUUGAAGAAUUGCUGCUUCUUGUUAGGAGGUUCAUUUCUCAUUACUUCCAACUCCAUUACUCAAAGCACUGGGAAUUUCAAGUGGAGUAUAUUAAAGUAGACUCAGUUUCUUUGCAUCAUUUCUGUAUUCGAUUUUUAAAAUUCUUUCUUAACUGAGUGUUUUUUAACAAAAUAACAUGGCUCGAAUGAACCGCCCCGCUCCUGUGGAAGUCACAUACAAGAACAUGAGAUUUCUUAUUACACACAAUCCAACCAAUGCGACCUUAAACAAAUUCAUAGAGGAACUGAAGAAAUAUGGAGUCACCACAGUAGUAAGAGUGUGUGAAGCAACUUACGACACUACACUUGUGGAAAAAGAAGGCAUCCAUGUUCUAGAUUGGCCUUUUGAUGAUGGUGCACCGCCAUCCAACCAGAUUGUGGAUGACUGGCUAAGUCUUGUAAAAAUUAAAUUUCGUGAAGAACCUGGUUGUUGUAUUGCUGUUCAUUGUGUUGCAGGCCUUGGGAGAGCUCCAGUACUUGUUGCUUUAGCAUUAAUUGAAGGUGGCAUGAAAUAUGAAGAUGCAGUACAGUUCAUAAGACAAAAGCGUCGUGGAGCUUUUAACAGCAAGCAACUUUUGUAUUUGGAGAAGUAUCGUCCUAAAAUGCGGCUGCGCUUCAAAGACUCCAACGGUCAUAGAAACAACUGUUGUAUUCAAUAAAACUGGGGUGCCAUUAUCUUGGCAAUGGAACUUGAGACAGGACCUAAUACUAGCCAACAUGUUGGCUUGGUGAAUAAGUCUAAUGGCUUCCAUGAGAGUAGUGAAAAGCGGUUUUACCAGUCACAGGCUUGACAGAAUUGUAUCCUCUGUAUUUGGCUUAUCUCAACCUAUUUGGACAUAUAGCAAAAAAAUUCUCACUGUUCAGCAUUUAAGAUGUGCUUAUGUUUUGUACCAAUUCUUUCCUGAAAUCAUGCAGCAUUGAAUGAUAUCUUUAAAUCUGUUUCCAGGCCAGAAUUUUACCAAUAUAUAAGAAAUUUAGAAGGAUUAGGUGCCAAAAUACCCAGCACAAUACUUGUAUGUUUUUAGUAUCAUACUUCUUAAUCCCAGGAAGAAUAGAACAUUCUAGACCGUUUGUGGUUUUUUUCCUUCAGUCAUUUCAAACAUAGAAAGUAGGGGAAAUGGUUAUUUGCCUGCUCACUUUGUUUACAUCUCCCACAUUCAUAUCAGUAGAUGUCAGGUUUGUGUAACUUUUUUUUUUUAAGCCAAGUCUUAUGAUUAUUUAAUGUCUUUCUAUAAAUCUUGUGCUGUUAGGAAAACCUCCAGUUUGAAAUUUGCAUUGUACAGAAGCACAUGUCUUUAAUGUCUUCAGACAAAAAAGCCUUACAGUUAAUUUUACUGUUUGCACUUUGGGUGCAACGUAACAGGGAGGACCUGAAAAAAAAAAAAAGAACAGAGGGAGUCUAUUAAGUAUUUUUAGUAAAAUGUUGCCUUUGUCUUGUGCAGAACAUGUAGAAUAUGCUGUUUAAUUUAGUGGAUUUUUUUUAAGUAAGGUUCCUUUGUUGUAGCUAAAACAAUUCUUAAUCAUAAAAAUUUCUGAAUUUAAUUUUUUCUUAUCAGAAGUUGUUUACCAACUAUUUUUUGUUAGAAGUGUGAUUUUUUUCCCCAACCUCUUGCAAAAAAGGGUUUCUGCUAAUGAAUUGAGCAGAUAUCUAAUAUUUUAUAUGCCUUUUGAGCUGUGUAACUUAAUAUUUCGAUACUUGAUGAUUUGUUUUAUUAUGUAAUUGAUAAAAUGGUGAUGUGUAUCAAUGUUAGUUCAACCAUAUAUUUAUACUCUCUGGGAAUGUGUGGUUGUAGUUCUGUGGGAAAAAUAAUUGUCAGUGUUCACCAGCUUGUAAAAAUCUAGUGCGAGAGCUUAAACAUCUAAAUAAAUAAUGAAAUGCAAUUUAUCAUUGA